AUGGAUUCAGAAGACGACUGUUACGAGUGUUCAAACUGUUGCACAGAGAAAAGAAAGCAACACAAGUGCUGCCUUGUAAGUUUUAAACAAUUUUUUUAAUUUUGAACUUUUUAACGAAUUCUUGCCAUUUUUUGUUUUGUAAACAAAGUUCUUGCUAUUUUUUGAUUUGUAAGGAAAGUUCUUGCCAUUUUUUGCUUUUUAAACAACGUUCUUGUCAUUUUUUGUUCUGUAAAGAAAGUUUUUGUUAUUUUUUGUUCUGUAAAGAAAGUUCUUGCCAUUUUUUGUUCUGUGAAGAAAGUUUUUGCCAUUUUUGUUCUGUAAAGAAAGUUUUUGCCAUUUUUUGUUUUGUAAAAAAGUUUUUGCCAUUUUUUGAUUUGUAAAGAAAGUUAUUGCCAUUUUUUGCUUUGUAAACAAAGUUCUUACUUUUUACCAUCUUGUAUUUUGUAGAAAUAAUCCUUUUAGCAUCAACUGAAAAAAGUCGUCGAAGCACGCGUGGCCAAGAUUGCAGAGAAAAAGCGGACGAGGUAAUAAUUUUUUACUCUUUUUUUUAAAUUAAAAUACAAUAACUUUUAGAACUUGACAUUUUAAAGUAAAUUUCUUACAGAGACCUAAUGAUAAUGUUAAAAAUUAUAUUUUUAGAAUGUUAUCAAUGAAAGAGAAACAGAAGAUAGAAAAAGAGGAACAGCAGAAAAAAGAGUCUCAGAAAUAGAAGAAGAAGGUCAGCGAGAAGAAGGAGGAUCAUCAGAUUGUUCCGCUGGUCGGAAACACAACGGUAAAAGGGGAAAAUGCGGCUUCUGGUGCCCACAUACGUAAGUUACAUAUUUAAUUUUUUUAAAUUGUAAGCAUAUUAUUAAUUUUGGGGCUAAUGAAGAAUCGUUACCCAGUGCAUUAUUGUUCCCAACGGUGCAUAAUCGUUCCCCCAAUUUUUAUUCAUUUUUACAUUUCAACACCGAAAAAAAUAAUAAAAAGCCAUCAUGAAUUUUUUUUCACUUUUUAAUUUUUUUAAUUUUUCAGGUCAAUUCAGCGACAACCACUAUCAGAAAAUCGUAAGUUUAUCUCCUUCUUGUUUAACCCCUACCCUACCCUACUCUACCUUACCCUACCCUACCCUGCUUAACAAUACUUUAAAAUUAAUUUUAAGGCUUCUGUAAAAAUUAUUUUGUAGUCAAGUGUUUCCCUGUUAUAUAUUAUUCCAAAUGUUUAUAAAAUUUUGAUGUUUUUUAGGCAAUUUUAAAAAGUUUUAUUUUUAGUUGUUGACAACGCAACCUUUGAAUAUAAUAAUAACUUUUAAAUCAGGUCGAAGCUACAAAAAGUAAAGCAACAUGGCCAAGCAUAGAAGGACCGAGCGGUGUAAAUUUGAUAGUUUUUUUGGAAUAUUUGGAAAAAAAGUGCAAGAUAUAUUAGGUGCCGACAUAAAGAACCCGCCAUACUUUGCCUGAAAUUCUUUGUAAAAAACGGCGGGUUCUUUAUGUCGGCACCUAAUAAAUACGACUUUUUUUCGGUAAGAUUAGAAUUAAGAUAAUUAUAGACGACGCGAAGAGAAGUAAUUUUGGAACACAGAUGAACUUUUAAUAAAAAAUUCUUUAUAGUUAUAAAAUGUUACUCUUUUUUCAACUUUAAACUGUUCUCAAAGUAACUAAUAACACUAUAACAAACUUUGCUUACAAAUCGAUAUAGAUAUAGUACAAGCCAGCCUAAAGUUAAUAAAACAAAUGAAUGAAUCAAAAUAAAAUCAAUAUUGUAUCCCCGAAUGAAGCUGUGUGUUCUUACUGGUACAUCUAAAGCUUCAUGAACAUUGUAUGUUACGGCGUGCCCUAUCGUUCUUACAAAUUGUUCUUUUGGAGUGAAUGGCUUGUUAUGCGGGUACGGGGGUAUACGGGGGGAGGUAUACCCCCCGUGGCUAAAAGAACGUACCCGUGGAAAAAGCACACCGAGUACCGUAAUCCCUUGCUCAAUCAGGGUUUUCGAGGCGGGACCAUCGAUAAACAAAUAAAUAUUUUCAAAGUUUACCAACAUUUUUCAAAAAACUUUGGAAAAAGGCAAGCUUUUAAUCAAAAUUGACCGUUAGUCUUAACUUUUCUUGUACAGACAUCACCUUACAUCAUUUCUAUUUUCUCCUAUGUGUUGUUGACUAAACUACAAAAUAUGCCCGCUUAUUUUGUCAAAAUUGGAAGAUUAUUGCAAAAUUUACAGAUUACAGAACCCAUUGUUAAAGGAAAUUUUUAUUUGAACAUUUGCUGUUAUAAACACUUCAUUUUUUAAAAAACUUUUCCUUACAAUUAAGUAUUUCAAGAACGGGUAAGAUAUUAAACUGUACAUUUUUUAUUUUUCUGUCAGGCAAGAACUGAAAAAGUUGUUAAAAGAUCACUAAAUUUUGAGUUAAUCAGGUCAUGGAUAAUAUCGAGAAAAUUGACAAAGAAUUCGCCAUUUCCUAUUGAUCCAUAAUAAUCAACACCUUUUUAAACUAACAAUAGUAAAUAUUAUCCAUGACAGAAUAUAAAAAAAAUCUGAAUUUCCAAUAAUAAAUCUAGAUUUUGAUGUUAUUACCUAAAAUUCCCAUAAUCAACAAAAACUAAAAUAACUCACAUUUCAGGUAGGACUAGAUGCAUCUGAUGCUGAAAAGGUCGUUCUUGAUCUGAUUGAUCGUCAGAAGCAGUUCUCAGCUUCGGCUCACGGUAACAACGCCGCAGCUCAACUUGAAGGUGGAGAACGUGCGCAAUUCCAGCGAUUUGGCGACAACGGUGGUCUUGCUCAGGCUGGGGGGCACAAGUAAGUUGUUAUACGUCUAUUCUUGGUCGUUUGGACAAUAAUUUACCUAAAAUUAUGUGUUUUUCCUUAUUUUUCCUUUGAAAAUCAAGAAUGAACUCAAAAAUCAAUGGUGACGUUCUGUUACACAAAUUAUUGAUUUUUUGGAACUGCGUCUUUAUCGAUAAAUCUUGACUUAGAGAGCUCAAUUUCGACUUCAAAAUGAAACAGACACGGAAAGACAUGCUUUGUUAAAAGCUGAUGGGAAAUACGAGUUAGAUAGUAUAGCUGAAGGAGAUCUAAAGGAUCCAAAGAACACUAGAUUUAAAGCCACAAACGAUCGCUUUGAUUUCAAGUUGAACCCGGAUUCUCAAACCAAAAAUGAAGGAGAAGGUACACUUAGCUUCAAGGUAUAGUUUUCUAUCUUUGGGAGUUUAUUUGGAGCUUAUUUUAAAUGAUCUGAUUGAUAUUUGGCAUGGUUAAUAUAAUUUUUUGAAGAAUUUUGAAAAUUGAAGAUUUUGGCUGUUUGAUCAAUGAAAAUUGAAGUGAUUGGUAUCUUUAGAGCCAGAAAAACGUUUUGUAAAUACUUUUCCAACCUUUACAGGACCGUCAAAACAAUACCCAAGGAACAUACACCUAUACCAUCUUUCAAAAUGGCAAGAAAACCGACGCCCAACUCAGUGCUCACGAUAUCGGUGGAUCAGAACUAGAACAGUCAUUGUUUGGCCGACGUAGUGAUCGCUAUAGAUGUUCGGCCGAAAUGCCGGGCGUCUCACAAUGUUAUGAUGCGUUGCAAAGAGCUGAGCGGCCGAGAGUGUAUUUCACAGAUCAAACUGGCUAA